AUGUCCGUUAGUCAAUACGGCAUCUUCAUAUCUCGCUAUGAUCAACUCAAGCGGUGUUUGAAGCACGUUGAGGAGGAUUGGGAGAACGUUUUCAAUGUAGACGCACGAAACACUAUGCUAAAAUCCGCGAGAAUGGGGAAGCGCCUGAUUACGAUCUGUGGAAUUUUCAUGUAUAGUGCUGUCAUUACCUUCCGAACAAUCCUGCCGUUGUUCCAGGGAAAGAUUGUCACCGAUCAGAACAUCACGAUAAGACACUUCUCCUGUCCGGGUUACUUCUUUUCCCUCGAUGUGCAAGUCACUCCUGUUUACGAGACGAUCUUUAUAAUCCAGUUUGUAAUAGGAUUCAUUCCAGUUUCGAUUGUAACAAGUGCAUGCGGUCUCACGGCGAUUUUUGUGGAACAUGCUUGCGGCCAAUUAAAAAUCUUGAUCAAUUUGAUGACAGCACUCGUACAGAAACAAUGGCAAGAGGAACAUAAAGUGAAUACGAAGCUAGCUGAAAUAGUGAAUCAUCAAAUGAGAGUGCGAAAUUUUUUACGAUUGGUACAACGUACCUUGCAAGAAGUAUAUAUACUGGAAAUUACAGUGAACACGGCGUCACUCUGUAUUUUAGUAUAUUUUAUGUUAGUGGACUGGGAAAGUAGGAAUAUAGCAACUGUAUGCACUUAUUGCAUAAGCAUUACAAAUGUGACAAUUCACACGUUUCUAUUUUGUUACACUGGUGAACAGCUUACCAGUCAGGCAGAAAAGGUAGCCAUUGCGUCUUGCGAGCUUGAGUGGUUUCGUCUUCCAGACAAAAAAGCGCGUAGCAUCAUAUUACUGAUUCGUAUGUCUAACGCGCCGACAAAGAUCUCCGCUGGAAUAUUUGUUGAUCUCUCGCUCAAGACAUUUGGUAAUAUCAUGAAAACAGCUGGGACAUAUUUUAAUAUGAUUCGAAAUGUAAUUGAUUGA